UUUAAAAUGAUUUUCAGAACAAAUGACGAAUAAUUUCUUGUCAAUAAGACACUUAUUUCCAGAUAAAUACACAUCAAAGAUUGAUCAGACAUGGAUUGUAGAGUGCUGUCUAUACAGAGCCAUGUAGUACACGGAUAUGUUGGCAAUAAAAGUGCUACUUUCCCUUUGCAGGUCUUAGGGUUUGAGGUAGACACGAUCAACUCAGUGCAGUUUUCAAAUCAUACAGGGUACAUGUCAUUUAAAGGUCAAGUGCUGAAUGAGGCAGAGCUGGGAGAUCUGUUUGAAGGCCUUAUAUCAAAUAACAUACAUCAAUAUACACAUUUACUCACAGGUUACAUCGGGUCCAAGUCAUUCCUACUGAAGAUCAAAGAUGUGGUAAAACAGUUGAAAGAAGUCAACCCUAGCCUAAUAUAUGUUUGUGAUCCAGUAAUGGGAGACCAUGGAAAAAUGUAUGUCCCUCAGGAACUCCUGCCCAUCUACAGAGAAGAGAUCAUACCACUAGCAGAUAUAGUCACACCUAACCAGUUUGAAGCAGAAAUAUUAACUGGCCAAGAAAUCAGCACAGAAGCUGAGGCGAGAAAUGCCAUGACAUGUCUACACAAUAAAGGUGUCAGCACAGUAGUUAUAAGCAGUUCUGAUUUAGGCGAUGAGAAAGUUCUAAUCGGACUUGGCAGUACUAUAAAAAAUGGCUCUAGUGCAGCUAUACGCAUGGAGAUUCCUAGACUUCCUGCUGAUUUCACUGGAACAGGCGAUCUCUUUGCGUCUCUCCUACUUGCUCAUAUGUAUUUCAACCAGAGCAAUAUUAAGGUUGCAUGUGAAAAAGUCAUUUCUACAAUGCAGUGUGUUCUAUGUAGGACCCUGAAUUACGCCCAAGAGAAAGUUGGACCAGAUAUCAAACCAGGACCAGCAGAUUUAGAACUUAGGUUAAUCCAGAGUAAGAAAGACAUUGAAGACCCGACCAUAACAGUGAAAGCGACACUAUUAUGAUGACAAUCCCAUAUAGAUAAUGAUAAGAAAGACCCUACUAUAACAGUCUAUUAUGAUGACAAUUAAUAUAUAGAUAUAAUAAUACAGUAAAAC